AUGGACAUCAUGGCACACCAGCGGAGAUUGGCAGACGAAAAGGCGAGGAGCGAAAAGUUCUCGACCACGGCAGGAUUCGAACCUGCAAUCUUCUGCUCCGUAGGCAGACGCGUUAUCCAUUGCGCCACGCGGCCUACUGUGGAUACUUGGACAUGUCAUGGCACACCAGCGGAGAUUGGCAGACGAAAAGGCGAGGAGCGAAAAGUUCUCGACCACGGCAGGAUUCGAACCUGCAAUCUUCUGCUCCGUAGGCAGACGCGUUAUCCAUUGCGCCACGCGGCCUACUGUGGAUGGAUAUCGUGGCACACCAACGGUGAUUAG